CACUCUGCAUGUCAAUUGAGAGGCGAGGCGGCACGUGAUUAAAGCCUUGGCGCGCGCAGACGCUGCUACUGAGGCUGCAUGGAGCCCGAUCUGUCCGUCGCACCUUCGACCGUCUGCGCGAGACGCCGAGCUGCUCUCUUUAUGCGCUCUUUUUAGCUCAACGUACUGGAGCUCUUUUAUUCUUCGUCCGACUCGAGCCAGCUCCUGUGUGGCCGCCAUUUUACGCAAAGGAGUUUUGUACUGCAAGCCGUAGCUCAAGCUCCUGCGAACCGCCAUCCUCGCAGCACGGUAACAGCCACAGGAGGACCCGAUGCCGAAGAAUAGCAAGGUGACCCAGCGAGAACACAGCAAUGAACAUGUCACUGAGUCGGUGGCUGAUCUCUUGGCUCAUGAAGAGCCAUUGGACUACAAGAGCAGUGUCAUGAAUGUGGACAGGGCUGGCAAGGGCACACCCCAGAAGGACAAGGGGCCCACGGACAUACCCAACGAGGAUGGCCGCCCUGCCUGGAACAGCAAGCUGCAGUAUAUUCUGGCCCAGGUGGGCUUCUCUGUGGGACUGGGGAACGUUUGGCGCUUCCCCUACCUCUGUCAGAAGAAUGGUGGAGGUGCCUACCUAGUCCCAUACUUCAUCCUUCUUCUUAUCAUUGGUAUCCCGCUCUUCUUCUUGGAGUUGGCAGUUGGGCAGAAGAUUCGCCGUGGGAGCAUUGGGGUGUGGAAUUACGUGUGCCCACGGCUUGGUGGGAUUGGGGUGUCUAGCCUCAUGGUCUGUGGCUUCGUUGGUCUAUACUACAAUGUCAUCAUUGGCUGGAGCAUCUUCUAUUUCUUCCAGUCAUUUCAGUACCCUUUACCAUGGAGUGAAUGCCCCAUCAGGAAAAAUGAAACUCAAGCCAUUGUGGAGCCAGAGUGUGAGAAGAGCUCUGCCACCACUUACUUCUGGUACCGACAGACACUCAACAUCACCAGCACCAUUGCUGACAGCGGCGGCCUGAACUGGAGGAUGACCCUCUCUCUGUUUGCGGCCUGGUUCAUCGUCUGUCUGGCCGUCAUCAAAGGCAUCCAGUCUUCAGGAAAGGUGAUGUACUUCAGCUCACUCUUUCCCUAUGUGGUGCUCUUCUGCUUCCUGGUGCGGGGACUUCUACUAAGGGGAUCUGUGGAUGGCAUUGCACACAUGUUCACACCAAAGCUGGAGAAGAUGCUAGAACCACAGGUGUGGCGGGAAGCUGCCACACAGGUUUUCUUUGCCCUGGGUCUGGGUUUUGGUGGUGUUAUUGCCUUCUCCAGCUAUAACAAGCAAGACAACAACUGCCACUUUGAUGCAGUGCUUGUUUCCGUUAUCAACUUCAUCACCUCAGUGUUAGCAACUCUUGUGGUUUUUGCUGUGCUGGGCUUCAAGGCCAACAUCAUGAACGAGAAGUGUGUCAUCGAAAAUGCAGAGAAAAUCCUGGGGUACCUUAAUUCUAAUGUUCUGAGCCAUGACCUUAUCCCCCCACAUGUCAACUUCUCUCACCUAACGACCUCAGACUAUGCUGAGAUGUAUGGUGUCAUCAAGACAGUGAAAGAGGGCAGCUUUGCCCAGUUGGGGCUGGACCCUUGUGUCCUGGAGGAUGAGCUGAACAAGGCAGUCCAAGGAACAGGGCUGGCCUUCAUAGCCUUCACUGAGGCCAUGACUCACUUCCCAGCCUCACCUUUCUGGUCCGUUAUGUUCUUCUUUAUGCUCAUAAAUCUGGGCUUGGGAAGUAUGAUCGGGACCAUGGAAGGUAUAACUGCACCUGUCCUUGACACCUUCAAGAUCCGGAAGGAGAUCUUCACCGUGUGCUGCUGCAUAGCUGCCUUCAUUUUUGGCCUCCUGUUUGUCCAACGAUCGGGAAAUUACUUUGUCACCAUGUUUGAUGACUACUCUGCUGGACUGCCUCUCACCAUUGUGGUCAUCUUGGAGAACAUCUCUGUGGCCUGGAUCUACGGCACUAAGAGGUUCAUGCAGGAUUUGGAAGACAUGCUGGGAUUCCAGCCCUACCGUUUCUAUUACAUCAUGUGGAAAUAUGUGUCUCCACUAUGCCUAAUCAUACUAAUUUCUGCCACCAUUAUUGAGAUGGCUGUCAGUCCUCCAGGAUACAAUGCUUGGGUACAGGAACUGGCUGCAGAGCGCUUCCAGAACUACCCUCCCUGGGCAGUAGCUAUGUGCUUCGCUCUCAUUAUAGUGGCAUUGCUACCGCUGCCAAUGGUCUUUAUUGCCCGACAAUUCAAUCUAAUUUCGGAUGGAUCCAACAAGCUGUCAGUUUCUUACAAAAAGGGAAUGAUGAAGGACAUGUCCACCCUUGAAGAUCAGGAUGAAACACGUUUCAUCCUCAGCAAGAAUCCCAGUGAAACUCCAUCACCUAUGCCAACUCAUCGUUCCUACCUUGGUCCUUGCAGCACUUCCCCACUAGAAAUGACCAACAGCACCCCCAGCAGUGGCUAUGGGACUGGCUAUCAGAUGACCAUAACUCCUGAAUCUGAGCUAUGAUCCCGUCAAUGCUUCUUCUCUGGGCACAAUACCGAAGCAGAAAGGGAGACGAUCCAGGACUGGUAGUGUCCCCCACCCCAUUCUCUCACACUCCAGGGACUCACAGGAUGUUUCUCAACCCUCAUCCAAAAGGAAGUGCUCCUAUUACAGUGUUUCUCCUACCAUAUUCAGAGCCUGAAAGCACUAAGUCUAACUUUCAAAAUCGUCCAUUACGUGUUAGCGACUCCCCUCAAUAAAUUCAUAAAUAGGUCAGAGGAAAAACAAACUGCAAUUGAGCAGAUAGGAGGUGGAGUUGAGUGAGGAAUCUACUGCUUUGCUGAAGUCUGUUUGUUGAAGGCUUCUUGCUUCAUUUGGAACUCCAUAAAGUUUGCUGUGGUUGAGGUGUCUGUAAUGUUGCAAUAAACUAAACAUUAUGAAUACUGUGGGCUAUACCAGGUGGUUUCAAAAGGAAGGCUAAAGGAAAAAAAAAAGAUUUUUUUUUUUUUCCUCUUUUGUCUUGAAAAAAUCUGAUUAAUAAAAUAUUCAGGAAUGUCGGGUUCCAUUGCCUUACCACAUCAAAAUUUUUAGAGUCUUUUUGCCUGUUUGAUUGUCCUAAGGCCCACAGCUGACUAAAAAACUUCACCCUUGUUGGUUGUUUUUGGGCAAUAACUUGUGGAGAGUAAUUUUUAAAUAAUCUUGGCCUUCCUCUAGGGAUUAGACAUAGAAUGCUUGUGUUUGUUCACCUUUUUUGUCUGUAGUCUGAUGGCUAGAUUCCCACUGUGUGGUUUUGGAUAUGCUGGUGCUCCUGCAUUGGACUCAUGACUAUUUAUGAUGCGUUAAACCCAUUGUAGUUAAAGAUUGUAUUGUCUGCAACACAUGGACAGUUAAAUUAUAGAAAAUAUCUCGACUUCUAUAGGAGUUCACGUUAGCAACUUUGUGAAUUGAUGAAUUUGUGAAGCUGACAACAAUGACAAUGACACCAAAAAAUCUCAUAUAUUUGUUGUUAGAGUAGAAAUAGUAACUUUAAGUACAUAUAGUUAAAUUAGGUAGUGUAAUAUCACUUUGUGUCUGAAAAAAGUAUUUCUUAAUGGAAACUGAAAAGGUUUCCCUAUGCUUAUGAGCAGGAUGCUUCACUUUUGUGAGUAUGGUUAUGUUCACAGAGAAACCAUGAUAUGGUGGACUUAAUGCCACAGUAUGCACAGUAUAUAUUAAUUAUGUCACUGUAAUGUAGCUUUGAGCAUUAGGAGAUGAUCCAGUACCCUAUAUGACUACCAGCAAAACCAGUAGGAGGUGUAGUUCUGUCCAUGUACACAGGCUGGGAAAAGGGGUCAAGAAGUUGCAUUUUUGGACCAAAAAAACACGUUAUGUUCCUUGUGAUAUUCCUUUUCUAUUAUGCCUAUUUCUGAUAUCCAGAUUGAAUAAUUUUUUUUUUUUUUUUAUUUAAACCUAUCAUCUUUUCAUUUCAACAAGCACAAAAAUUUCACAGUACCACUGCUCAAAUGGUUUUUAAUAAUAUUUGCACAUUUAACUAAAGACUCUUGAAAGCAAUGAUAAUUGAUAAUCAUGUAACUGGAUAAAAUAUGUGCAAAUUUUUUGUGCAAAUAGUUUGAUGUGUCAAACAAAGACAAUUAUUUAUAACUCCCUGGGAAAGGUAACAGAAUGCUUGUCAGGGGUCUACUCACAAGCAGAGAACACAUACUUCAUAAAGUACACAGGCUCCUCAUAUUAUGAAGGCUGAGUACCUGGUCAAAGACCUUAUUCCCCCUCAGAGGCCAAAGACAAGUUUUAGCUGAAUUUGUGACUAAAUGAUUCCUGUGGUUUCAGACGACUGCAACCCUUAACUGGACAAGCAGUUACUCACAAUAAAUGAUUGGCUGCAUGCAUUUUAUUUAUUCAUCUGUUUUCUGAAAUUUCUUUAGUGAAGCAAAUGAACCUGUUAUUACCCAUAAAGCUGAUAGAGGACAGUAAAACUCACCCAAGCAGAAUAGAAGAGUAGGAUUGCCUUAUUCAGUUGGUUUCCACAGCAUUUAUAAAUCAUUGCUGAUGUUAAAUAAUUUUGGCCAUCAGUAACAAGAUCACGCAUGUGAUGAAUUGUCAACAGUCAGAACUGAACAGAGUUUUGCAGAUACAAUAUAUUUUUACUUUAAGUA